AUGGAAACACAGCGCAUCAAAUGGUGGAAUCUGAAGGAUCGAAAGGAGGUAUUGUUCGCGUCAGUGGCUCCAUCUACACUUCUCCACCCUACUCGUAGUGUGGAGGAAAUGUGGUCGUCUACUUCCAGCGUUAUAAGCUUGACCGCAGAAAACACUCUGGGAAAGACGAGUCUAGGUAAGCCAAAGGUACAAAAGGCUACGUGGUUUUGGAACGAGGAAGUUCAGGCGGUAAUUCGUGAGAAGAAGUCCAAGUAUAAGCUCUGGUGGAGGACGCGUCAGCCUGAAGGUCGGGGUGCUUACCUAGCGGCGAAGAGGGAGGCUAAGAAAGCAGUCUCCAAACGCGAAGUCGGACCGCUACAAGGCUGUGUACGACAUGCUUGA